AUGAAAGUAACGAGAGUACAAGCUCUAGCCAACGAGCAGGGCAAACUCCCGACCCAAUUCAUCCGCCCUGCCCAUGAGCGGCCUGGGAACAGCGAAGUCAUUGAGGGAGUCCAAGUGCCGGUAAUCUCCCUAUCACAGCCACAUGACGUGCUUGUCAAGGAGGUCUCAAGGGCAUCUAGUGAAUGGGGGUUUUUCCUCUUCACAGAUCAUGGGAUCUCAUCAUCGUUGAUCCAACGCUUACAAGAGGUGGGUCAGCAGUUCUUUGGGCUGCCACAAGAGGAAAAGGAAAGUUACGCAAAUGACCCAUCAAGUGGGAAGUUUGAAGGAUAUGGUACAAAGAUGACCAAAAACCAAGAUGAAACGGUUGAGUGGAUUGAUUAUUUUUUCCAUAUCAUGUCUCCUCCUUCAAAGGCCAAUUAUGACAUGUGGCCAAAAAACCCUCCUCCUUAUAGGGAAGUCACGGAGGAAUACAAUAAAGAAAUGCUGAGAGUUACAGAUGAGGUAUUGAAGUUGCUAUCCGAAGGGUUGGGUUUGGAAGAAAAGGCACUCAAGUCCUGUUUGGGAGGGGAAGAAAUUGAACUAGAAAUGAAAAUCAAUAUGUAUCCUCCAUGCCCGCAACCUGAACUGGCCUUGGGAGUUGAACCUCAUACAGACAUGUCUGCCCUCACCAUACUUGUCCCAAAUGAAGUUCCAGGCCUCCAGGUACGCAAAGAUGGCAACUGGAUCGCUGUCAAAUACCUACCAAAUGCACUCUUUGUCAAUAUAGGGGACCAAAUCGAGGUGCUAAGCAACGGGAAAUACAAAGCUGUCCUCCACAGAAGUGUGGUGAACAAGGAACGAAUGCGCAUGUCAUGGGCAGUGUUUAUUGCACCUCCACAUGAUGUCUCGAUUGGGCCACUUCCAGAGCUUGUGGAUGAUCAAAACCCAGCCAAAUAUUCAACCAAAACGUUUGCAGAGUACCGAUACCGCAAAUUUAAUAAGCUCCCUCAGUAA